CGCACAGCAGUAAAAACGGAAUGUUGUUUUUUGUUACGUUGGACGCUCAGAGCGAGAGCUUUUUUUACCUGGAAGGUUGCUAUCGUAUACUCGUGGGAAAUGACACUGCUGUACAGUACUUAUCCUCUGGAACAGAAGACUUCUUCUUAUCAGCGUUUUAUUUCAAUAACGGUUUAUAUCAUACUGAACAUUCUGGUUUGACCGAUAGAGCUACACCUGGAAAGAUGAGCGCGUAUAAAUUUUUCGUGGCAGAUCCGAUGUUGUUUAAGAAUGGUUUUAAUUUGAUUUGGAGAAUCGGAGAGAAAAGAGAUAAUAAUUGUUACCAUGGCAGUCCAGAAAGAUGUUACGUUCAAGAUGGUGUCGCCCAUUGCGAUGAUAGAUCUAGUGAAACAGCAUACGAGGAAGCGCCAGGCUAUCCGACCACGUUUACAAGUUACGUAUGGUUUUAUGAAUGGUAGACAUUUAUAUGGCUAAUAAUAUAUCCACUUUGCUUAUGGCCUGUUGGUUAUUCGUAUUUACUGGCUAAUGGUAUUUACUGGAGGUAUUUCAUACUAAAUUUAGGAAAA